GUCAAUGUCGGAUAUCAAAACUGAUCUUGCGAAAUUAAAAUUAUUCUUGAAUGAAUCUAUGUAUAAUUGUAUAAUGGUGAUAGUUAAUUCGUACCUUAAAUAACGUCACAAACAAACACUUGCCAAAUAAUGCUUAGCAACGUAACGUCGCUACACUCGGCUCAAGUUUAAUUAUAUUGAACUACAUAACCAUUAGAGGAAGAUGGAUAUUAUAGAAAGAAUUUACCACAACCUAAAACGACAAGUUACUGCCUUACCGGUAACAUUUUCGAAGACGGUGGAGACAGUGAAUAAAUCAAUUAACCAAGCGAGAGUACCGCCACUAACAAAAGAAAAUGUAUUAUUUUAUUAUUUACCUAUACAAGGUCUUGUUAGUUACACAACUUUAUCAAUAGGUGUAAUGAACCCUCAUCUCAUGGUAAGGUUAUUUCCUCGGCGAGAUAUAACUGAUGUUUUAUUUCUCUCUGCUGGUGGUGGUGCAGGACUUUGGUUGUGGGCACGUCCACACAUUGCUGCAGCUGCCCCUGCAAGAAGGUUUUCAUGGGCUUUCUUGGGAGGAUGUCUUUGGCCACUUGGUUCUAUUUUCCUAUGGGCUAUUUUAAGAAGCUCAAUUGGUCAAAAACCAGUUCUUGGUACAAUUCUUGGUGUAUCAACUGGGGCGAUGCUUACAAAUAUUGCCUUAGACUACUUUAAUUAUGUUGAGCUUAUGUUUUGUGGGGAAGUUCGUCUGCCUGAAGACACUUACAGUCCUAACAGUGAUGAUGAAAAAUAUGACAUUGAUAUCUAAAUAUAAAAACAAAUUAUGGCUCAUGAAAAAUGCAAGAUUUAGUCGACUUACAGCAAAAUUGGAGUUUCCACUAAAUUAUUCUUGAUAUAAGUAUUACUUUGGAUCUAAAUUAAGUAAAUGUACUGCUAUUGUGAAUGCUGUUUAAAUAUUUUUAUGCUAUAUCAGCCCAUAGAAACCUUAUUAUUAUCUAAAACAAAUAUAAUAAUGGAGAAUGUUUGUGGGAUGUAUUGUUUUAGAAUAUUGUGAUUUUGUGUAUUUAACGGCUUUAUUAAAUUAUUCCCUUUAA